CCAACCAGACAAACUCCGAGAUAACUCAUCAAACACAAGCUCUUUAGCUAGUGAUUAAUUCAAACCUCGCUACUCAAAUCAUACUUGACUCUCAGUCCAAAUUCAACCAAAAUGUCUCUCUUCCGAUCCAUGCCCACUGCCGGAGACUUCUCUCCUCUCUUCCGCCUCCUGGACGACUACGAUGUCCACCGCUCAAGCAGAGGCCAACCUACUGCGGUGCGCACCUUUGCGCCGCGCUUCGAUGUCCGCGAGACCGAAGAUACCUACCACCUGGAUGGCGAACUCCCUGGCAUCGCCCAGAACGACAUUGACAUCGAAUUUACCGACCCGCAGACUCUCGUGAUCAAGGGCCACUCCGAACGUGAAUACCACGCCGAAGCUCCCCCCGAAGCAGAAGAAGAAGAAGAAGAAGAAGAAGCCCAGGGCAAAAGCAGCGAAGUUAUCCGGACCAGCGGGAACAAGCCACGCUUCUGGGUCAGCGAGCGCUCUGUGGGAGAGUUCCAGCGCACCUUCAACUUCCCGACUCGCGUCAACCAGGACAAUGUCAAGGCUAAUCUGAAGAACGGCAUUCUGUCUGUUUCGGUUCCUAAGGCGGCGGCCCCGAGCUUGAAGAAGAUUACCAUUCAGUAAGGGGAGCCAGCCCAACACCAGAGAAUGACAUCAUAGUGCCUACAACUUCCUCCAUUCAGUACAAAUAAACAUCGUAUAAAUAAUCCAUAUUAUGAUCGGAUGUAUGUAGCUUAAUACAUUCCUAUUUUUAAUAUGAAUAGUAAUCAAUUAACUAAUCGUAAGAAGCGUGAGAAACUGAGCCGAGGCAC